CCCGAGUCCGCGGUGGGCCCCCUGCCCCGGCCCAGCUACUACCGACCGCGGCACUUCAAGGGCAGGCGCCCAGUGCCCUUCGCGGCCCGGCCCGUCACGGGCCUGGAGUACGAGCUGCUGCACCAGAAGCUGGAGGAAGCCACAGCGCCGCUGUCCCGCCUGCUGCGCGACACCACGGGCUACUCGUACCACAACUGCAGCACGCGCUGCCUCGUCUACACGGACGUGGCGCCGCGUGGUCUGGCGCCCGGCGAGCGCCGGUCCUGGGUCAUGCUGCAGCGCCUGGUGGAGGGCUACUUCCUGCACCCCGUGGGCGUGGAGCUGCUGCUCGACCACCGCAGCCUGGACCCGCGGCGCUGGGCCGUGCAGCAGGUGUGGUUCCAGGGCCGGUACUUCCCCAGCGUGGAGGCGCUGGCGCAGAGCUAUGCGGCCGGCAGCCUGCAGGCCGAGCGCCUGCCCGAGCCGGAUGCACACGAGCUGUACUCCAGCUACGUGCCACGCGGGCGCUUCGGCACCGACACGCCCACCGACGUGCACGGGGCCAAGGUGUGCGAGCCCCAGGGCCGGCGCUACCGCGUGCAGGGCAACCAGGUGGAGUACGGGGGCUGGGCGCUGGCCUUCCGGCUCCGCUCGUCCUCCGGGCUGCAGCUGUUCGACCUGCGCUUCGACGGGGCGCGCGUGGCCUACGAGCUGAGCGUGCAGGAGGCGCUGGCUUUCUACGGUGGCAGCACUCCCUCGGCCAUGCAGACCAAGUUCCUGGACGCCGGCUGGGCCAUGGGUACCCUGGCGCACGAGCUGGCACCCGGCGUGGACUGCCCCGAGUCCGCCACCUUCAUAGACGCGGUGCACCUGUACGACACGGCGGGGCCGGUGCGGUUCCGGCGGGCGCUGUGCGUCUUCGAGCUGCCCACGGGCGUGCCCCUGCGGCGCCACUUCAACAGCGACUUCCAGGGCAGCUUCCGCUUCUACGGGGGGCUGGAGGGCACUGCCCUGGUGCUGCGCACCACCGCCACCGUCUACAACUAUGACUACAUCUGGGACGUGCUGCUGUACCCCAACGGCGUCCUCGAGGCCAAGGUCCACGCCACCGGCUACAUCCACGCCACCUUCUACACCCCUGAGGGGCUGAGCUAUGGCAGCCGUGUCCAGCGCCACGUCCUGGGCAACAUGCACACCCACCUCGUGCACUACAAGGUGGACCUGGAUGUCGCAGGCACCGCCAACAACUUUGAGACGCUGGAGCUUCAGCUGGAGAACAUCUCCCUUCCCUGGAGCCCGGGCGAGCGGCUGGUGCAGCCACGCCUGCAGCGCCGCCCGCGCCGCACGGAGCGCCAGGCUGCCUUCCCGCUGCGCCAGCCCCUGCCCCGCUACCUGCUCUUCUCCAGCUCCGGCAGGCGCAACCGUUGGGGCCACCGGCGCAGCUACCGCAUCCAGCCCAGCUCCCACGCCGGCCCUGUGCUGCCCCGUGGCUGGAAGGAGGAGAAGGGCUUCGCUUGGGGCAGGUACCACCUGGCGGUGACACGACACCACGAGAACGAGGGGCGGAGCAGCAGCAUCUACACCCAGCACGACCCCUGGGAUCCGCUCGUCGACUUCGAGGCCUUCAUCCGCGAUGACGAGAGCAUCGAGAACCAGGACCUGGUGGCCUGGGUGACGGUGGGGUUCCUGCACAUCCCGCACUCCGAGGACGUGCCCAACACAGCCACGCCGGGCAACGCCGUGGGCUUCUUCCUGCGCCCCUUCAACUUCUUCGACGAGGACCCGUCGAUGGCAUCGCGCAGCCCCAUCAUUGUGCGCCCGCUCGACCCUGACGCCACCCGCCUGCAGGUGCAGCGCUGGACGCCCGCCAGCCCCGGGCCCUGCGUGGCGCCGGAGCCCUUCCACUACAACGGCACCUACCGGGAGGAGUGAGCUGCGCCGCGCCGCGGCUGUGGGGAUCGGGCCCUGCCCUCCACCCUGGCUGGGUAGAGGAGCUGGGCCGGGCUGGCGCCCCUCUGCUCUCAGCAGCACGUCCCGGGCACGUUUCCCUGCGGAGCUCCCUGCCGCAGGGUCUCCGCUCAGCUCGGUUGCCUGCAACAGGAGCCUUAGUCCUUAGGGCCCUGGACCUAUAGAAGGGGACCAAACCCCCAGCCGGGGGCGCGGAUAGGGGUUGGGGAGGAGGCCGGGCUGGGGCAGGGGGCAUGGGAGGUCACAGGCGUCUCUAGUAAAGUUCGCUGCAGCCCCA